AUGACCAGCUUCCAACACGUCGUGCUCGGCCAGCCCGAGAUCGCAUCGAUCGUCUUUGGCUACCAGUAUGGCGUCUACGAAGACGUGCGUCAUGUCUUCUGCGCCUGCAACGAGCUCGUCAUGUUUGACACUUGGUUUAUUGGCUACCAGUGUGACGAGUCCUUCUUCACGACGGCCGUGCCAACGGCUACUACGCGGCGAGACAGCAACAAGAUGUUUUACGCUUCAUCGUACUUUCUAUCCGAGCACGAGCCUGACGCUCGGCUGCCGCUGCACAUUGCAAUCGCUGAAGGCUGCGUCGACGUGACCAAGCGAAUUCUUGGCUGUCGACCAGACCUCGCGUCGGAAGAUACGAUCGUCUUGGCCUUUUUAAAGGAUCGCCUCGAGAUCGCCAAGUACUUGCUAAAGCAGCGCGCGCUCGUGCCCGAGCUCACUCGACGCAUCAACGGUGCGCGUCGCCCGGGUAUGUCGUCCAAACUCCUUCUCGCCUUCGUUAUGAAUGCAGGGACGCUGAUGCCACAGGUCAACGUAGGCGCUAGAGAUGAUCGCGCGUCGUACAUGCCCGAAGGCUUCUUGGCCCGCAUCUUGCAGAAGGCGAGCACCGAGAGCCUCGAGCUGCUCGUCCGCUUUGGCCUCAGUCCCGACGACUUUUCCGUCAAGGAUACCAAGGCCGCGAUCGAGGCGGCGACGUGCGAGACUGCGACGCUCGCCCUCAAGGUAUUUCCGUGGCUUACCUACUCUGGCAUCUUGGACGACGUCGCGGGCAAAGGCUUUUUGCCGCUCGUGCGCUCGCUGCAUGAACGCGGUCUGGAGUGCUCGAGAGACGCGAUGGACAACGCGGCUGCGAACGGCCAUUUGGAGGUCGUUCGGUUCCUCCAUUUCAACCGGACCGAAGGCUGCACAACCAAGGCGCUGGAUGAAGCCAUUCGCAACGGUCAUCUCGCCAUUGUCCGCUUCCUCAUCGAGCACCGAAGCGAAGGCGCGUCACGCAACAUGCUCGAUUGUGCUGCUGCGAAUGGUCAUCUGGAGGUCGUCCAGUACCUCCAUUCUCUUGGCUCAUCGAUUGGUUGUACUGUCUAUACCGUCGACGUCGCCGUCUCGCGCGGUCACUUGAACGUCGUUCAGUUUCUCUUGACGAACCGAAGCGAAGGCGGCAGUCGCGACGAGGUCGUUGCUGUUGCGCUCCGCAAGGGACAUCUGCAAACAGCCGAGUACCUUCUCUCGCUCGGGUAUCCGUUCCCGACUUUAAUGGGACGCUGGAGUAAAUGCGCCUUCCGCAACCCCAAGAUGGUUGGCGUCUUCAAGCGCUUCAUUGGCCGUGACCGACGCUUUAAACAUGAUUGGCUGUACAAAGCCUGCAUUGCCAACAACGUGCCGCUCGUGCAGCUUUUCUUCCCGCACUCGAACCCGAGGCUGCACUGCCAAGCGCUCCGAGCAGCCUUUUGGGGGAAAUCGUGGGACGUCAUGCGCUUUCUCUUGGCCAACAUCCCGGCAGACAAUGAAACAUUCGACCAGGUGCUAUUCAGCGGCAAUCUGGCGAUGGCGGCGGACAUUCUGCAGCGCCAGCCAGAGCUCCGCAAGCGCGAUCACCUCCAUAGGGCGGCACAAGGCCACUACUUUGAAGCGAUGCGAUUCCUCCUCGCAGAAGGCAUGGGCAACCCGCGCAAGUGCCUCGUGGAGAUUGCUGGUAAUCCCAAGUACGUCACCGCAAGCAAGCUCUUGCUGCCGCACUGCAUGGACGCGACCAACCACCUCGACAACGUCCUCUUUCUUCUCGACCUGCUCGCGUUGCCCGACCGCCGCCGUGCGACGACGCGCCGAUUGAUCACCUCCGAUCUCCUGGACCAAGGAAGAAAGGCCAGCCAAACGAUUCAGCUGGCACCCAGCGUGGCAGUGCGAGCAUCAACGCUGCUGGAGGCUGGCGACGUCGUCGACUGGGCGCUGGCGCUCGUCAUUGGUCACCUGCAUGCGACGGCCACGACCGAGGAGCUCGAGAAGAAGACGGCUUUGGUUAAAGACGCCGAGCUCACGACGCAGCUCAUGCGCCUCGUCGCCAACACGCGCAAGUGCUCGACAUGCGGCGACGAGAUCGCGUCUUAG